GUCAAAUAUCAGCUGACUGGUUUGUUUCGCUAUAGACUCCGCAGCAAUCAGCAAAGAAGGAAUAGCACAACACCAAAGGACUCAAAUAACUUCUUAUUAUUACAAAAAACGGGGCUUUGAUCGCCCCAAAAUUUAUAUCACCUACAUUUAAAUAUAUUUUCAAUUCAUACAGGGAUAUUUUGCCUCGUUUACAAAACGGUUUGACCUGCGUGAAAUAUGCCUUCAGAGAAGACGUUCAAACAAAGGAGGACAUUUGAGCAGAGAGUAGAUGAUGUGAGACUGAUUCGAGAGCAGCACCCCAACAAGAUCCCAGUCAUCAUCGAGAGAUACAAGGGAGAGAAGCAGCUGCCCAUCCUGGAUAAAACCAAGUUCCUGGUUCCUGACCAUGUCAAUAUGAGUGAGCUGAUCAAAAUCAUCAGGAGGCGCCUCCAGCUGAACUCCAACCAGGCCUUCUUCCUGCUGGUGAACGGCCACAGCAUGGUCUCCGUGUCGGCAGCCAUCGCUGAGGUGUACGAUCGCGAGAAGGACGAUGAUGGCUUCCUCUACAUGGUGUACGCCUCGCAGGAGACCUUCGGAACCGUGACCCCCCAGUAACAGCCUGCCACCACCACACCAUAGCUCGGACAAUGAUACCACCUCCUCCCUCCCUGAUCCUUUGUUCCUAAAUACAGACCGAUCCCCCUUGCCUUCCCUCGAACACUUGCUUACAACCUUAGCCAAGACAAUAGGAACCAGACAGACCUCUUCUCCCAUGCCCUUAAGGGCCCCUUAUAGAUAUUAAAAGCCAUGUCCUGCACCUUCUCAUACUGCCCACUACCCAUUACUCAAAACCUCUCCCCCGUCAUCCAUUACUCAAAACCUCUCCCCGUACAUUCAUUACUCGAAACCUCUCCCCGUUCAUCCAGCCAUGUGUUUAGGAAAAGAGAUUCAAUAGUUAUCUUUGGGUUGUUUGGUGUAUAGAAUGGAUUAGUAUAGCAGAGAUGAUUGCCAGUUCAGGUUGAGUUCGACUCAAACAAUUUACAGCUUAAAUCCCUGCUUGAGUCCAUCAUGGUUGAGUUCAGUUAUAAAGAAAUCUCCAUAUUUUAUUUUCCAUUUGUUAUGUUUGCUAAACUUGAAUGAGCUCAGUAUUUUGGAUGAAGCUUCAAUCACAACAGCUGUUGAGGAAUUUUCUAACAGUUUAGUUAAAGCGUUGAAUCCAGUUUGACAGACAUGGGACAUACUACUUCCACAAGAACAUGUUUCAUCGUGUUACAAGUCUCCUAUAAUUGGUGGCUCAGGCCAAUAGUCUCAACCUCUGUGACAAAAUGAGUGGUUCUUUUUCCUCUUUAGUCUUUCCUUUAGCAACUUGGUUGAAUAUUCUAGGCCAUGGGUGUCAAUUUGGCCCGCGGGGUAAUUAUAUUUGGCCCGCGAGACAAUACCAAAUUACUACUAGAGCUGGCCCGCCGGUAUUAUACAGCGCAUUCACCGCUAAUACUACGAAUCCCAUAAUGCUCUGCUGUUGUUUUCGCUCGCCAAUCAGGACAGGACCCAGAAACGCCCUCUCCUCUGUGACAGUAGUCAUAGCAACAUAGACGCUACAACUGUCAGCACGCUAUCCCAGCGCGCUAGCCCAGACAUUGAUGAACUAGCAUCCAAGAAGAGAUGCCAGGUAUCUGGCUUGGGCACAUCAGAUUAGAUCAGUGUGCAAUAAUUAAUGUUUUCUUUGUGCACUUUUUCUUGCUACAAGGCAUGGGCUUGAAUGGUUGAUUGAUUUAUUAUCAUUUUAUUUGUAAAAUUAUUAGCCAGUGGAAAAAGUUUAUUUUGGUAUUUAAAUCAGAAGGCUGCAAAUAGAAAAGAGGCAUA